CCAAACACAUCUGGAGGACCAAGAUGAAGCUGAUCGUUGUUGCUGUGCUGUUGCUCUUUUCUGGUGCCCGGUGUGAAGAAGGCGCCAGACUUCUGGCCUCCAAAUCGCUGCUGAACAGAUAUGCUGUUGAGGGCCGGGAUCUCACUCUGCAGUACAACAUCUAUAAUGUCGGCUCCAGUGCUGCCUUAGAAGUGGAGCUGUCGGACGAUUCCUUUCCUCCAGAAGACUUUGGCAUUGUUUCGGGAAUGCUCAACGUCAAAUGGGAUCGCAUCGCACCCGCCAGCAAUGUGUCCCAUACGGUGGUCUUGAGACCCUUGAAAGCCGGCUACUUCAACUUCACCUCUGCUACGAUCACCUACCUGGCUCAGGAGGGAGGUCAAGUGGUGGUUGGCUUCACCAGUGCCCCAGGACAAGGAGGCAUCCUGGCCCAGCGAGAAUUUGAUCGGAGAUUUUCACCACACUUUCUGGACUGGGCGGCCUUCGGGGUCAUGACGCUUCCCUCCAUUGGCAUCCCGUUGCUUUUGUGGUAUUCAAGCAAAAGGAAGUACGACACCCCCAAGACCAAGAAGAACUGAGUAGCGCCAACUGUCCUCUUCCAGUUAAAGUUAGAGGUUUAUUCAGGUGGCCGAAGCAGCCUGGCUACCCUCAUGCAUUCAAACAACAUGUCAGAGGGGUUUGUAAGCAGCUGUUUCCAUCUAAGAAGCUAAACUUGGCCCCUAGAAUGGCUGUAAGACUUUGGGGCUUCAAUCAAAGUAUAUAAUUUUGGAACUACCCAUAAGAACUUGGUGCACAGCCUGGCGAAGAUGACUUAUUGAGAGCUUGAUGUUUCUUUGUUUCUUUUCAGUUGGGUUUAAAAAAAAUUUUUUGUGGUCCAAUAAAGGAAUCGCCUGUUCCCACAUUUGUAAAGUUUGGGGUUUCCUUUUCAGCAUUCAUGGGACUACAAGGAAGAUGCAAAGAUGCACAAAUGAUGUGGAGAAAGAAGGAAGAACCUGCAUGAAUUUGACCUGAGUUUUGUAGCCAAAAUUU